AUGGACAAUGUUAAUGUUACAAAUAGAGAUGGAGUUUUUCAAAUUAUUGUACACAAUGUUGAAAAUGUACCUUCGCCAGAAAGAUUUCGAGGAUCCCCAGAUCCUUAUGUUAAUGUUUUCUAUCAUGGUAUUAAAAAACAGACGAAUUGGCAACGAUCAACAUGCGAUCCAAAAUGGGAAGAAACACUCGAUUUUCCUCUUAAUGGUAUUCCUAUUCAGAGUACGGACACACUUGAAAUUCAACUUAAAGAUCAUGAAACGAUUGGAGCUAAUAAGCUCAUCGGACAAGCUUCACUACCAUUGAAUGAUCUCAUUCGUGCUGGUACGAUAAAACGACGAGUUGUUCAAUUAACGAAUCCUCAAGGUGUUCUUCUUGAAGCAACGAAAUUAUAUACUACAUUGGAAUAUAUUCCACCGAAUGAUAGUGAAAAAUCAGCAGCAAAUUUUAGACAUGGUGAUUCUAAUCAAUUUGAUGACGUACUUCUACAAAAUGGCGGUGAUAAUACAUGGCAAGCAGACAUUGAAGGUGAUCAAGGUUUAAGACGACCAAAUAAAGCAAGAUCAACAAAGUCACAAGAUUUUCAAGUUCGAAUAAAAAUCUUUCAAGCUCGUCAAUUAGAUGGAAGUAAUUUACAUCCUGUUUGUCGUGUACGAGUAUUUAGCACUGUAAAACAAACAAAAAUUCAAAAAGGAACCAAUCAACCAUACUUUAAUGAAAUCUUUUUUUUUAAUAUAAAUAUGUCUGAAGCAGAAUUAUGUGAUGAAAUGGUUGAAUUUGAAGUUUGCAAUUCCAGAACACUUAGAGCUGACAUGAAAAUCGGUACAUUUAAAAUGGAUAUUGGUUAUAUUUAUUCUCAAGCAAAACAUUCAAUUAAUCGAAAAUGGUUAUUAUUAAGUGAUGAAGAUGAUCGAAUGGCUGGCGCUAAAGGAUAUCUUAAAGUGUCUGUUAAUAUAUUAGGUCCAGGUGAUGAAGCACCUGCAAAAGAUAAUGCUGCUGAUGAAGAUGAUAUCGAAAGUAAUUUAUUAAAGCCAGCUGGUCUUAUGCUUCGCCCGGCAACAUUUGUUUUAAAAGUAUACAAAGCAGACGAUUUACCAAGAAUGGAUAGUGCAUUUUUACAUGGAGUUAAAAAAAUCUUUCAUGCAACAGAAGAUAUUAAAGAAUUAAUUGAUCCUUACAUAAAUUUUUCAUUUGCUGGACAACAAGUUUCAACAAAAAUUGUUUAUACAUGUUCACAUCCAGACUUUAAUCAAGAACUUCGACUCGGGCUUAAAUUUCCAUCAAUGUGUGACAAAAUAAUGUUAACCGUUAUGGAUUGGGACAAAUUAUCAGCAGAUGAUAUGGUUGCAACAAGUUUGCUUCAUCUUAUUCAAAUAAGUCAAUUAAGUGACAGGGGUUUCCUUCCAACGUUUGGUCCAUGUUGGAUUAAUUUAUAUGGUGCACCACGUGAAUACUCUGAAAUUCCAACAGUAUUAGAUGAAUUGAAUAGUGGAAAAGGCGAAGGUGUUGCUUAUCGUGGUCGAAUAUUUGUUGAAUUACAAACAAUUCUCGGUGAAACUCCAACAGAUCCUAUUGGCGAGAUUUCAAAUUCCGAUUUAAUCCGUGCAUUACCAUAUCAAUCACGAAAAAAAUAUAAAUUACAUGCGGCAUUUCUCGAUGCUUGUAUGUUAUAUGAACAUGAAUCAACAGUUGAAUUUGAAAUCAGUAUUGGAAAUUAUGGAAAUAAAUUUGAUGAUCUUGUUGGUAAUGCAAGUUCUUCAACAACACCACCAACUAAUCCUGUUUUUGAUGGAACAUGCUAUUAUUUUUUACCAUGGGGUCAUACUAAACCAUGUGUACAAGUGGCUAGCGAAUGGGAAGAUAUUACUUUUCGUUUGGAAGCUAUGAAUCAAUUAUCGAAAAUUAAAUUAUUUAUUACAGGUCUCGUAUCAACAUUAGAUUUAUUAAAAAUUAAACAAACAUCAGAUGAAGUUCUUGUUCGACAUUAUAAACAAUCUCUUGAUAUGGUUAUAGCACAUUUAAAAAAACCAUUACCUGAGCCAGAGCCAGGUCGUCAUCAUGUUAAUGAACUUGAUCGUUUACGACGUCAAAUGCGUAUAAAAGAUGUGACAGAUAUGAUUAAUAGAUUGGAACAAUUAAAAUUGCACGCUAAGAAGCCACAAGAAAUUAUUCAUACAUUGGAGGAUAUUAAAGAAAAUAUUGAAUUUCUUGAAGUUGAACCACAAAAUAGUAUUCCUGAUGUGAUUAUAUGGUUAUUGUCAAAUGGUAAACGUUAUGCAUAUUAUCGUUUACCAGCCAACGAAGUAUUUUACUCAUCACAUGUUGAUCGUCGUGGUCGUCUCUGUGGGAAAGUUCAAACAAUAACAUUAAAAUGGCCAGGAAAAGAAUCAGAUAUUGGAAAAGAUAAAAAAAAUUUUCUUCCAGCCGAAAUUCGAGUGAAAAUUUGGUUAGGUUUAGCGAUACAUGAACAAGAUUGGUUAUCGCAACAGAAAGGUGCUGAUUUAGCUAUCUAUGCAGAAACUUAUGAAAAUCAAUCAAAUGUACUUGGACAAUGGACCACUGGUGGACCAUUAAUGAGUCGACCAGCAUGGUCAGAUGUUACAGGAAAUAUAAGUUUACUGAAAACAAAUUUUCAAAUACCUUCUGGAUGGCGAUGGGAAGGUGAUUGGUAUAUAAGUCCAGAAUUAAGUGCUCGAUAUGCAGAUGAUGCUGGACAUCGAAAAUUUACUGAAGAAGUUUAUGAACAUCAAUGCCGUCUUAUUGCUGGAGCUCAAUGGCAACCGAAAACAGUUGCUUGGACAGAUUUAGCUGGUGAUAAAGUUCCAAGUAAAGAUGAACGCAAAAAUCCACCAUCAGGAUGGGCAUGGGAAGAUGAAUGGACAAUUGAUGCAAAUAGAGCUGUUGAUGAAGAAGGUUUUGAAUAUUGCGUUAAUCAAACUCUUGGUGGAUGGUGUCCAACGGAAAAAGUAUUUCAUUUAAGUCGACGACGACGUUGGUAUCGAACUCGAAUUAUUCAAGGAGAAAAGACGCCUGACAAUAAAAAGAAAAAAGAAGUUCGUGAUAGUCUAAAACAGGAAGGAUGGGAAUAUGCUCCAAUGUUUAAUAUGAAAUUUCAUGCUGAUGAACGUAGUAUGGAUAUGACGCGUCGUCGACGAUGGCAUCGAAAAAUGGUUCCAUCAGCUGAACAAAAUUUUAGUAGUGCAACUGGAGGACCCGUAUCAAAUACAGAUGUUGUGUUUCGAGUACAAUCUCAAGUUCCAUCUAUAGCUGAUUCACCUUCAAAGGCUGAUCAACAACAAUCAGAUUCACCGGCGACAACAACAACAACUAAAGAAUAUAAAAUUGAAUUGAAUGCACCAAGAAUGUUUCUUAGCUUUAAAAAAGCAUAUUAUUAUGAACUUCGUGCAUAUAUUUAUCAAGCAAGAAAUCUUCUUUCAAUGGAUAAUGAUAGUUUUUCAGAUCCGUAUGCUCAAAUUGGUUUCAUUAAUCAAAGUCAACGCACUGAUAUUAUUCAAAGAACAUUAUGUCCAACUUGGGAUCAAUCAUUAAUUUUUUCAACAGUGGAACUCUAUGGUGAACCAGAUGAAAUUCAUCAUAAUCCACCAAAUAUUCUAAUUGAAUUAUUUGACAAAGAUCAAUAUGGAGCGCCAGAUUUUCUUGGUCGUGUUCAAUGUUCACCAAUUGUUCGUUUAGUGCCUGAUGAAGCAAAGCCAACAAUUAAAUUAAAAUGGUUUCCAAUUAAUAGAGGAAAAGACGAUGCAGGAGAAUUAUUAGCUGCGUUUGAACUUUUUCUGUUACCAGAAACUGAUAGCGAGAAAAAGAUGCCUCCACAUCCACCAAAACGUGGCUCUCUAUUUAUUGUACCACAAGAAAUUCGACCUCAACUUGUACGAACUGGCAUUGAGAUUCUUUGUUGGGGUAUCAGAAAUAUGAAAACAUUUAUGUUAUCAGAUGUUGAUUCUCCACAAGUUGUUUUUGAAGUUGGUGGUCAUGAAAUUGAAUCAACUAUUAUUAAAAGUGCGAAGAAAACACCAAAUUUUGAUAAGCCAUUAUUAUUUCUUGAUGUUAUGUUACCAAAAGAGGAUCUUUAUGCGCCACCAAUGAAUAUUAAGGUAAAAGAUCAUCGAUCAUUUGGAAGAAAGCCCAUUGUUGGUUUUCAUGUUAUUAAAUCUCUUGAAUUAUUUCGAUGUGAUCCAACCGCACCAUCGUUAACUCUUAUGCAAGCAGCUAGUGUAACAUCACCUUUGACUUCUCCAGUUGAAGAAUAUUCUGUUACAACAGAUAAAAAAUCUAAGAAGAAUCGUAAACAAAAAGGACCCAUUUCACCGAAACCAACAAGUCUAGCUGAUGGUACAGUUGCAACAACAACGGUUGCAUUGACAACAAAUGAAAUGGAGGCAACAACAGUUGAUAAGAAGGCAAUGAGAAAACGAGUGAAACAUUUUUUGAAGAAACAGAAAUCAACGAGUGGAACACCAAUGAAACCAGAAUCGAAACUAACAAAAAUUCAAAAAACAAUGGCGAUCAAACAUCAUCAACAAUAUCAAAGUGUUCCACUUAUUGAAGCGCCGAUUGUUGAAGAAGAUAUUGAUUGGUGGUCAAAAUAUUAUGCAUCCAAAGGUGAUUUUAAUAAAUGUGGAUCAUAUGCACAAAAAGGAUAUGAAACAAUAUCAAUUUUUCCUCAUCCACUUGAAUUAUAUGAGAUUUAUGAAGGUUUUAGUGAUUUUUGUCGAACAUUUCCAUUAUCUCGUGGAAAAACAAAAUUUGAAGAAGAAAAUGAAAUUGUUGGCGAAUUUAAAGGUCUUUUCAAAGUUUAUCCAUUACCCGAAGAUCCAAAUGAACCUUCACCACAUCGUACAAUGGAAAAUCUCCCAUCGAAUAGUUUAGAAGAAUGUAUUGUUCGAGUUUAUAUUAUCUGUGCUAUUGAUUUACAACCAACAGAUUCAAAUGGAAAAUCGGAUCCUUAUAUUGAAAUUGAAAUAGGAAAAACAAAAAUUGAUAAUCGAGAUGAAAGAAUACCAAACACAACGAAUCCAGUUUUUGGCAGAAUGUUUGAAGUUAAAACGAUAAUUCCAACGGCUAAAGAUUUAACUAUUCGUGUUAAAGAUUGGGAUCUAUUGACAUCAGAUGAUGUUAUUGGACAAACGACUAUUGAUUUAGAAAAUCGACUUCUAAGUAAAUAUAGAGCAACAUGUGGACUCCCAUUACAGUUCAAUGCUACUGGUUCCAAUCAAUGGCGGGAUAGUGUUCGUCCUCGAAAAAUUCUCUGCGAUGUUUGUAAACGAAAUAAUUUGCCAAUCCCUGAAUUAAUUGAUGAACAUUCAAUUAAAAUAGGAGAAUCAAUUUUUCAUCUUGAAGACUUUGAACAAGAAAAUCGUUUAACAAUUCAUGUUGGCGACGAUGAAGAACGUUUAGCUUUAUAUAUUUUGCAUAAACUACGUCUGUGUCCUGAACAUGUUGAAACUCGACCACUUUUUAAUCCAAUACAACCCUUAAUUGAACAAGGCCGUUUAGAAUUAUUUAUUGAUAUAUUUCCCAAAUCUCAAGGUGCACCAGGACCUACAUUUACAAUUACACCACGAAAACCCAAACCUUACAUUCUUCGUUGUAUCGUCUGGAAUACAAGUGAUGUUAUACUAGAGGAAACAUCAAUAACAGGAGAGAAAAUGUCUGACAUUUAUGUGAAGGGAUGGAUGAGUGGAAUCGAAGAAGAUAUACAAAACACUGAUGUUCAUUACAGAUCAAUGGAUGGUGAAGGAAAUUUUAAUUGGCGUUUUGUUUAUGAGUUUUCAUAUUUACCAGCAGAACGAUGUAUUUCAAUUAAAAAGAAAGAACAUUUUUGGAGUUAUGAUGCAACUGAAUUAACAAUUCCACCUGUAUUAAAUCUACAAGUUUGGGAUAACGAUAAAUUUAGUGCCGACGAUUUUCUUGGUGCAUUAACACUUGACUUAAAUCGUCUAUAUAAACCAGCGAAAGAUCCCGAUUUCUGUACAUUGGAUAUACUGAAUGAUGACGCGUCGAAUUCUGUUUCGCUCUUUGAAAUGAAACGAUUAAAAGGUUGGUGGCCCUGUGUUAACGUUGAAGGCGGAGAUCCAGAAUUAACCGGAAAAGUUGAACUUGAACUUGAAAUAUUGACCGAAGAAGAAGCACGUGAAAGACCAGCUGGACACGGUCGAGAAGAACCAAAUGAAAAUCCUAAACUCGAACCACCACAACGGCCUGAAACAUCAUUUCUUUGGUUUUCAUCACCAUUUCGAACAUUUAAAAAUAUUAUUUGGAGAAAAUCGAAAUGGUACAUUAUUGGCGGACUACUUUUUAUUUGUUUUAUCAUAUUCGUACUUCUAUUUCUAUGGACUAUGCCAUCUGCUGUUUGGUCUCGACUUCUACGUAUAUCUGGGUGA